ACCUGGCCUCGCCAUGGCGAUCGGUGUCCUCUUCCUACUGGCGUCUUGCCUGACGGCGAAGUCAGCAGCAACGGAGUACUACCCUGCAAACUGCAGCGUCAGCCCCCCCGUUACCAUCCGGGGGCAAUCCACACCGGAGCCACCUACAGUUGAUAUGCUCCUGGGAAGGUGGAUAGUUGUUAAACAGGACAAGAACAACGAACCAAUGAACUGUCCGACUGUAGAUCUGGUGAAGACAGAAAAUGACAGUAUGAUAGAAGCCACACUUUCCACGGUUAACACCAGUUCAAAGGACAAGAUCUCGCAGACCACCAACGUAACGCUCUACGUAAACAACACGGUGUUCAGGCUGGAAAAUGGCGAAGAAGAAUUCUUUCUAAACACUCUAGACCAAGAGGUUAAUUAUGCCAUUAUUUUCACUUGCCAUGGGAACAAAGCUGUCCGGUAUGUCGCAACCAAAGAAAAUUCCUCUAGGGUGGUAGUUGAAGGGGACGACUUACAGGAUGUCAAGCAGGACUGUUCAAGUGCUUUCACGUUUAUCCAGCAAAGUAUGAUCACUAUGAUGCUUACUGUAUUUCCUUUAACGUUUCUCCUUUAAAUAAAAAACUGAACUUUUGCUAAACGAUUGUUAUCCUGUAAUAUGCCAUUAUUUAAUCUGUAAUGUGUAACUUGUCAGCGAUACAGUAUACAAAGCAGAAGAGGAGUUCAAAUUGUUUUGAUACUGCUGUUGCCAUCAACUGUCAGUUGGGGGGCUGUCACACCAUGAGAACUAAGGGACUGCACUGGCACUGUGACACAACCUGACAUUUAUCAUAAUUGUUAUUAAUUACUGUAUGUCAAUUCCAUGUAGUUUCCAGAAGGAACAUGGUGUCCCUAAAGGAUAGCUCAUAUUUGCCCAAGCCUAUAUGUUAUAUUGUUUAUUUCCUCUUCAACAUCUGUAUUUAUGUAUUUUAAG